GAAUAUCAAUGAAGGAUAUCCGUACACAUCCUAACCUGUUUUACGAGUAUGGAUUUGCACCGAUUGUUUUGUGUUUGUCAAUUCUUGGUUUAGAAUUCUAUUUCAAACUUUAUUCCCCUCCUAUUUAAAAAUAUCCAUUUCUUAGCAGGAGUAAAAUUCAAAACGGACCAACUCAAAUACUGAAUUCCUCCCACAGAGAUUUUCUAAGUGGUGUCAUGUCAUAUGAGAAUAUACAGUCUGCCAUAUUGGGACUAUAGGCGGAGCUACUUUAUUUUCUAUAGAAAGCGGAAAUUGUUUUGUGAUUCAUUUUGUUGUGUUCCCAACAAGAAAUGUGUCAUAAAUUUGUGAUGUUUUCAAAGAAAUAGUUGAAAACUAAUGGUGACCAAUGAAAAUCAUCUACAUUUUGACAACCUAACCCGUAGAUCACCAGCAUGCCUUUCGCCCCUCCGCCUCCUCCUCCUCCGGGUCCCCCUCCUCCUCCCAGUUUCCCCGCCGCUGCCCCCACCGCGACCUCAGACCCGAAUCAGCGCAAUCAGCUGUUGCAAUCUAUCAGAAAGGGAACCAAUUUGAAGAAAACUGUCACCAAUGAUAGGAGUGCGCCGGUUGUGGGGGGCAAAUCAGGGGGUACCCCGGGAGGCAGUGGGCCCCCCUCGCUGGGGAGCCCCGGAUCGGGGGGAAGUCCGAAAUCCGGCUCGGCUACGCUGGGACGUAACAACGCCUUGGCAGGACUUUUUGCGGGCGGAAUGCCCAAACUCAAACCGACUGGAUUGGAUAUCGGUCAAUCGAAUUCCAGCCAAUCACAGUCGCUGACUUCGUUACCAGUAGCUAAUGCUUCCUCACUACAUACAAAAAUGGAGAACUCAAGGCGGCAGUUGUCGAUAGAUGUGAAGAAUAGGGGUCCACCCCCCCAGCCUCCUCCCGCCAAUCAAAAACCUACAAUGCCUCAGAGUGCCUCAGACUCAGUGCUAACGGGUCAAUCAGCUGUGGGCGCGCGUAGCCACAGCACCACCUCUCUCAACCAACCUCCCCAAACCACCAACGGAUGGUCCAGCACGCAGCUGCCUCGCAAGGCACCGGCUGGAGGCUACGGCAAGCCUCAUGUGGCGCCCAAACCACCUGGAAGCAACGGUCGAGGGAGCGGAGCUGGAGUGGGAGGAGCAGGAGGCGUGUCCAAGCCGUGCCCGCCCCCCAAGAGGCCGGUUGGUAUGGUGGCGAGAGCGCACAGUAUGCGCGCGCCUAAGAGUCCGCCCAUUGCACCUCUGCCGAAUGCCCCAGCUUUCCCCUCACCAUCAAGUCCCGCCUCCAGAGUGGGAGCCCCACCCACCGAGCUGAACCGCAUCGGAGCACCACCCCCCUUCCACCAGUCACAGGACUCGCUGAUGCAGACCCCGCCCCCACCUCCCUCGCUGCGAGGGGCGGGGCCUCCGCAAAGUGGGCGGAGUCUAGCAAUAGGAGCUGGCGGGGCGACACGCCCAAUGCAACGGCCACCUCCACCUCCUCCAUCCCGGCUCGGCCAAUCGCCACAGGCUGGAGCUCCGCCACCUCCUCCUCCGCCCCCAAUGCAGGCGCCUCCCCCUCCGCCGCAUCGGGUGCCCAGUGACAGUUCAUUGAUGUCAAAUGGGGGUCAGCCACCCCCUCCCCCAACGAGGAAUUCUUCAAUAAGGAAUGGAAUGCCAUCAAUAUGUGCUGACCUUGAAGCACGGUUUGCAGACAUGUUCCACCAUCCCAGUGAGCUUCCACCCCCACCCCCUUUUAGGAAUUUACCGAAAUCUUAUAAUAGUAAAUCAGUUUCUUCAAAACAACAAGCACCCCAGCCUCCUACACAUAUACAACUAGGAAACAGGAUGUGGGCGAGAGACAAUACUUCAACCUGCUAACAACAGCUUAGAUCUAAGAUAUUUGCAUGAUCGUCUUAUUCAUCUUCUUCUUCUCCUCCUUUUUCUGUAAGUGUAGGUCCCACUUUGGGCGCCAAUUUUCGUUUUGCUCAGUUCCUUCAAACUCAUUUCUCCUUCUUGUGAAAGUUUUGGUCCUGCCUCAGGCACCAAUUUUUGUUGAGCUCAGUUUCUACAAACUCGUUUCUCCUUCUUGUGAAAGUUUUGGUCCAACAUUGGGCACCAAUUUUUGUUUUGCUCAGUUCCUUCAAACUCGUUUCUCUUUCAUCAUAGUCUUCCCAUUAAACUUGAUAAUUAUCAACUUCAUCAUCAAUAAUAAUAUUGUUAGUGAAAUGUGGACUGUAAAAAUUAUCAUAAUAAGUAAAUUGUUGAUAGCAUUGUAAAAUUGAGUGAGGGAUGGAGAGAUUUGCUGAUAUUUUUGACUUGAUUGCUGUGAUAGUUGGAUUCUAUAGUGAGAUUCACUAUAAACUGUCAGCAUUUAUUAUAAAUAACACUAAUGCUGAUAUUUUGAAGCAAAUCUCACUAUAGUUUUGGUGAAGAGGAGGGAAAUUUAGUGCCAGUUUCACAAAAGCCGGUAAAAUUUUAACUGUGAUUAAUCCCACAAGAACUAAUCAGAGAAGUCAUCUUAUCAAAAAGGCCUUAUCUGAUUGGUUCUUGUGAAAUUACAGUAAGGAUUUAACUGGCUUUUGUGCAACCAGGCCUUAGAAUUUAGCAAAUUAGAAGAGUGUGUGCCAGUUGCACAAAAGCUGGUUGAAUUUUAAUUGUGAUUAAUUUCACAAGAACCAAGAAUCAUGAGAAGGCUUUUUUUGAAAAGAAGGCUUCUCUGAUUGGUUCUUGUAAAAUUAAUCACAAUUAAAAUUCAACUGGCUUUUGUUUGUGCAACCAGGCCUGUGUGUUUGUGUGAGAGUGAACAAAUUGAUCUUGUUUGUUGUCCCCUCUUCAUUCAAAGAACCUACUAUCUUUCUCUAUCAGUUCUAUCGAUGAUAUAGAAAGGAGACUCCUAGUUUCAUUGAGAUGUGCUAUGUAUCUCCAGAUUUGAUACAUGUCUCUCUUGUGAUACUUAUUGAGGGUACAAAAAUGUAUCAUUGUGAAAGUGCUUUCAUUGUUGACUCACUAGUACCUGUUCUAUCAAUAAUAUAGAAAGGAGACUCCUGGUUUAGUUGAGACGUGUUCUGUAUCUUCAGAUUUGAUACACACAUCCUGUGAUUUGAUACAUGUAUCUUUUGUGAUACGAGGCCCGGUUGCACAAGAACUUUUUUUAUUUUGAUUAUGAUUAAAUUCCACGAGAAACAAUCUCAAAAAAGGGUUUUCUGAGGAGAAAGUUUCUCUGAUUGGUUCUCGUGGCAUUUAACCAGGAUUAAAAGUUAACAGACUUUUAUGCAACCGGGUGUUAGUGAGGAUUCGAAAAUGUAUCAUUGAGAAAUGCAUUCAUUAUCCCCAAAAAUUAAUAGUUCUCAAUUAUUGCAAUAAUUUCUAGUUAUGUUUAGAAGUAGUUUAAAAAAGUUAUUUAAAUCAUCAAUGGAUUCAAGGCCCCCUUUCUAGUACUCUUAUUUAAUCUAAUGAACCAUUAAAUCUAUAGGUUUCAUUGAUCCAUUAUCUGCACUAUAAUAAAGGAAAGAACUGGCUUAUACACGUACGGGAUAGGAAAGUUAUGUUUGAUGCAUUAUCACGUCUGAACUACUGGACUGAUCAAUUGAAAUUUUGCAUAUAGAUUCUUAAUUAACCGAGGAUUGUUAUAGGCCUAUUUUCAAUUCUUCAAGAUUUCAUUACGUCAAGUUUUUAGUUUGUCAAGUUUUAAAAUAGACCCUCGCUAGUAUUUAAUAAGUCUUCUAGAAAUCAGGUCUUACAUUAGAUUGAGUACUGUUAAUUAUUUUCUGUAUUAAGGACUUUAUUAAUAUCAUAAUGAUGUUAUUUCAUUAGUAGGAACACUUCGUAGAGAAUAAUAUUUGUUAUUAGUUCUAGAAUAUUUGGAAAUUAGAGGAAUUGAAACAAAGUGAACAAAUAAUGAUGACUGAAUUUAUGGUAAAUCAAAAAAUAAACUAUUUUAAGUACAUGUUUGAAUGAUGGCAAGCGUACUCUCAAAACAAUUAAUUUCUCUAGAAAGUUGGAAAAUAACAAAUUUGUCAAGGGAAUCACAAGUUGAAUUUGAAUAAUAAUUUUUGUAGACAGUACAUCUCACCCUUGGAAGAGUCAUAUAAAUUCUAUAAAUAAUAAAAUACUAUGUAAUUUAAGUAGUCUAAUAGAUUUACUGGGAUAAUUUAAUUUCAAAGAAUAUCACAGAGCAAAAACUGAUUAAUAAACGGACAACUAUGAAGUUUAAGCGAAAUCUGUGACUUGGACACAGAAUAAGUACAGAA